UAACAAAUUAAGUGCAAGUGGCAAAUUAAUACAAGUGGAAUCUACCAUAUAUAUAUUCUAUAUAGAGGUUUCAACCCCAAAACUCAAUUCAACUUGGAACUUUUUCAACUAUAAUGCGGUUUGGUUGCCAUCAGGCUGCAACCAAAGUUAAAGCCAACAAGACGGAACAGACAAGGAAGCGAACAUCGAGAAGGGAAGUGGUGCGGCUGGACAAUGCGGAUAUGUGUUCCUCGUUGCAGCUGCUUCUGCUCCUGUUGGUUGUCUAUCGGAUGCAAAUGACCCUGGCCAUGGGCACCGCCAGUGGGGGCUUAACUGUAAUAGCCACAUCGACAACAACAACAACUAGUAGCAGUACCUCAUCCAUAGCUGGUGAUUCCUCAUCAUUAGCAGCCGCCUCUCUAGCAUCAUCAUCAACAUCGUCGUCGUCGUCGUCGUCAUCAUCUUCAUCGUCAUCAUCGUUGUCGUCAUCAUCAUCAUCUUCAUCAUCAUCAUCUGGUUUUGGUAUGCCUGCCCAGCGUAAACGUCAUCGCAAACGAAAUAGUAAUUGGAUUGAUUAUCGUAACUACAAUGAAAGCACAACGGCCCUGGAAUGGUCGAAUCCUUGCAAUGGCCUCUAUCAGCCAACAGGAAACAUGGAACGUCGUCAUCGUCUACGUCCUAGGCAGAGCUUUAAUCAGCUAAAGCGCAAUGCCUUUAAGGAAUUCCGUGGCCUGAAUGCCAGCGAGGACUCUGUCAUUGAUAUCAGGAAUAUGACUUCAUAUUCCCUGCACAAUCAUACAUAUAAAUUUUUACCCAAACUGAAGCCCAACUCAACGAUUGCCUUGAAGCGCUGGUACCGCAACAUGCAAACCUAUGUGGCCAGUUUCGCCUAUUUGCGACGCCUGCAAAUCAAUUGGGAUCGUCGGGUCAUUAAGCGCGAGUCGCCAGCCGCCAAGGAGUUGCGCCUGCUCCUGCUCAGUUCCCGCAGUAUGCUAUGCGAACUGGAAAUGGCUGUGAAUCACACAUAUCCCAUAAAUGGAAGGCAAAAGCAUCGCCGGAAUGGCCACAAUGCAGUGUCUGGCAUGGGUCGCAAUGUUCACUUGCCGCAAAUUUCUCGCAACGAGAUGAACAAGCGCCUAAAAUUGCGCAGCAAACGCAAAUCAUUUGACAUUUUAACGCCUUGCAAUAACAAAACUCCCAUCGAUGAGGUCGACUCAAUGGAUAUGCGUUUCGUCAAGCAUCAUUACUACGAGUUCCUGAGCACCAUGUGGCAGUUGUUGCGUCGGGAGGGCAGACGUGAAAAGCAACGCGGUUUGUCUAGGAAAUCAAAAUGGAGAAAUAGUGCCUAUCUAGCCUCGGCAUCCGCAACAGCAAUAUCCUCAUUGUCCUCAUCGUCGUCAUCCUCAUCGUCGUCGUCGUCAUUAAUGUCGUCGCCUUCGUUGUCGUCAUCAUCAUCAUCAUCAUCGUCGUCGUCGUCGAGCAGCAAUCGUAAGGAGUUCAAUGAGGUAUCCAAGCCACCGGCGGAGGGUGUUGGACGACGUGGUAAAAGGCAAUCAAAGACUACGGGAUCCAACUUUCUGGGUAGUCGACGACAUCAGCAACAAAAACGUCGCGUGCUGCGCACGUGAAAGUCUCCCCCACCCCCCCCAAAAAAAAACACAUCUUUUACGUUUCCCGUGCCCGCGUGUACCCCGGCCACCUCAUCAAAAGCCUCUCUAAACAACAAAAAAUCGGAAACAAGAAUAGUGAAUUAAGUGAAAACACACACACACACACACACACACACAGAGAUACAAAAAACCUUGCUUAAGUAAAUUAUUUGAUUGAUCUUUAA